AAACAGCACAAUUGAGAUUUUCCGACAAAAAUUCAGUUAAAAAUUAAAAAGUAAUUAAAAAAAGAUCACCGCGACAAAUUCUCCGAUUAAAUCUUCCAAUCGCUCGCGAAGAAGCGAGUCACAAGCAAUUCACAUCUUCUUCUUCUUCUUCUUCUUCUUCUUCUUCUUCUUUUCUCAAUUUGGUGAAAUCGAGAUUAAAAAUGCAAAGUUGGUUUUCGGGAACCAAUGACGACGAUCUGAAACCUUCGUCGUCUUUGCUCGCUGAUUGGAACUCAUACGCUACUGCUCAAUCCUCUCAGAAUGAUGACUCCUCCACUUUCCCUUUUGAUAUUGAAUCCGCCGUUAGGUCUGCUAACGACACCGUUUCCGGUACUUUCGGCGUGGUUUCCAAAGGUGUGAAAGAUAUGUCUGGCAACUUCCAGUCUGCCUCUAGCAGUAUUCCUUCUGGCCAAGCACUUGUGUACUUUGGUUUGUUUCUGGCAAGUGGAGUCUUCUUCGUUUUCAUAGCAUUUACAUUGUUCCUGCCUGUCAUGGUGGUUAUGCCCCAAAAGUUUGCUAUAUGUUUUACUCUUGGGUGUGGAUUGAUUAUUGGAUCAUUCUUUGCUCUCAAGGGUCCCAAGAAUCAGCUUGCUCACAUGUUGUCAAAGGAGAGGCUCCCUUUUACAUUGGUCUUUCUAGGAAGUAUGAUAGGUACCAUAUAUGUAUCAAUGGUGCGUCACAGCUACAUUCUUUCUGUGGUAUUCUCUGUAGUACAGGUUCUCUCACUUGGGUACUAUGCUAUUUCAUACUUUCCUGGUGGAUCUGCUGGAAUGACUUUUCUGACUUCUGCUCUUACCUCCUCAGUAAUGAGAUGUUUUGGGAGGUGACAUGUUCUUGGUUAAUAGGAGUUGAGGUCAGAUGUUUCUAUAUAUAGUAGUUGGCUUGUACAUGUUGUCUCCGAAGAUCUAUCAGCUGAAACCAAAUUGACCUAAGAAUAUUGCUGAGUUGAAGCAUCAUUAACACUUUCUUAGAGUUCAAUGUUUGUUGCCACAUGCCAAAUCGGAGUGAAAAAAGUUGAUAAGCCUCUUAGACACAAGUUUCUAAAUGCACAUUGUCUGAUUGAUGAAGUAAACUGUUUAGUUCUCUUCUGCGAAAUGGAAUUUUAAAUAAUUUUUCUUAAAUGAGCAUAUAAGUAUGGCAUUAUAUCAAGGAAUAUAGGGGGAUAUAUCAAGUAAGAGCGAGUUGUGUGAGACAUAAUAUUGAAUAUACAAGUAUACAUGGAAUGUUCUAGGCUGGUUCUCUUAAAUCCAGUCUUAUCUAUUCUUUUAUAUAAUACGGUCUAGAUUUAUUUUCCUCACUUGAAGAUGCUCUUGCCUACUACGUUGUGUGUGGGGGCAUGGGCAGCUGGGGAAAGAUAGGUAAUAAGGAAGAGAAACCUUUGAAUUCGUCACACCUGAGUUUGGACUGAUGCCAAUUGAGCCACAAGUCCCUUGAUAUAUUAUUUUUUGUAUUAUUAACUUCAGUGGCUAUGCACCUUUGGGGGACAAUGUGCUAUAUCUCACUUAUUAAUGGCAUAACCGAUGAUAGGAACUAAAUAAGAGCUAGAGGAGUUGAUGUAUGGACCCUGUUAGUUCGAUUGCUGAUUAACUGAAAAUUGCCAGGGUAAAUAAACUUAGUGGAUGUUGUUCUUUAUUUCAAUACCUUUGCCAAGUGCCAAUUGAUAUGGCAUAUUGUUUCCAUUGAUUUCAAUGUAGCUCGUGGUGGUGAUCAAGAACAAACACUUUGCAAUGACACAAAAUAAAGGAGAGCGCUCUAGUUUUAGGCUUAAGUAUUGUAUUUUUAGUCUCUAAGGUAUUAUGUUAGUGCAAUUUUGGUUCUAUAAGUUUCGUCUGGUUACAAUCUAUUUCCUACAUCAUAGGGUUGUCCAAUUUGUAACAGCAGUAUUUUACAUGGCAUGUAUGGGUCUUAUUUGUCAUUGACUUAGGAAAGCUUUGCAAUGUCUCUAGUAACAAGAUAUUAUUAGUAUUCAUGUGAAGCAGAUAUUAAAUUCUUC